CUUUUAUUUAUCUAUUUAUWUUUUGAGGUGCUACAURUAUGAUGGYUUCAGUAGGCGGAUGUACUGAUUUUCCGACAGCAUCUCAUCGAUCAAGUACAUGCAUUUCUACUUYAAAAACGUAUUUCUGCUAUCAGCGUACAUACUGGUAGUAUAAAGGAUUUCAGUGAUUCUAAUUCAGCUCUCAUAUAAAGCUGUAUCAACUAAUUCAUGCAUCAUCUUAAUAAUUUAUUUAGAUUUUUUGAUAUGACGUCAUUGUCGUCGUACAAUGACGGGAGGGAAGAAGAGUGAAAUGUUUCAUACGCCCAGAAUCGUAUCGGAACUUAUACUUGGGGCCUUUGCGUCAAAGUCAAAUGUGAGAAUAAAUGUGUGUGUCUAAAAUGUGAUUCGAUGCUGAGAAUAUGUUACUAUUUUAUCGCUGUUGUAUACUACUUGUGAGUGGGAUAUGAACUUGACUACCAUGAGUUGUUCGACCUUCAUAUUCUGCUGAUCAAGUUGUUGGAUGGAGGAACAGAUACUAUAUAUACAGCAUUGUGGAUCUAAUUUCUGUUUUUACAAACCCAGUUUUAAAUCGAGGCGCGUUAUGCAGCAGACAUGCGCAUUCGCGCACCGGUAGGACUUGAACAACAUCAAGUAGAAACGAAAAGGGGAAAAGAACUUUGUCGCUGGUCUUUUUAGAUUAUAACCUCCAGCCUUAGGGCUGCUAUGAAGGAGGGAUGUCUCUUGUAACUGUACUUCGCUCUCCAUCCUCUGAGAACACAAGCACAUGUACAGACUCGGAGCUAGAAGAAGAUGUCGAGGAAGGAUCGCCAAGGUCUAGAACAUCAAGUUUUGAGGGUUUCUUUGCAUCCAAGGGUUCAGCAUUUGCUUUACCAGAUGGCGACUUUGCAAGGAAAGCAUCCAAGCAUGGAGGUGAAAUGCAAAUGCAUCUACAGUCUAUGGUGAAUUUGUUAAGAGAUGAUGAUGUUCUGAGACUGGUUGUUAAACUUGAGGGUGCUUCAAAAGACAGAGUUCGUUACUUGACAGUGGUGUCAGCUUUCAAUGAAGAUGAUAUUGAAGAAAGCAUUGCAAUGGGUGUUGAUUGGGUUAAUACAAGAGCUACUUGCACAAUUGGAAUGGUCCUACCUUUAUGGAGAGAUGCAAAAAUUGAACUUGAUGGUGAUGGUGGUUUCAAACUUACAACCAAUUAUAAAAGUCAUAUUYUAAAGCCAGUUUCUGUUCAAACAAUGUGGACUGCAGUCCAGUGGAUUCACAGAUGUUCUGAAAAUGCAAGAAAAAACAACCAAUUUCCUAAUGGUCUGUCGCACCAGUGGUCUAACUUUUAUUCCAGUCAUAUAUCUUCUGACCAGGCAUGCAUCAAUGAAUGGCAUGAGAUGGAAGACAUCAGUUCAAAGCUCAUUCAGUUGCCUACUGGAAUAACUCAAGAGGAAGAGCUGAUGAUGAAACUUAUAAAGCACAGGUUAAAAGAAGUGAUGAUGAAAGUGGACUUAGAAGAAGUAACUAGCAGAAUGAUUCGUGAAAGCCUUGAAGAUGAAAUGCAAAUGGAUUUAAAACAGUACAAUAAGUACAUUGAUGAAGAAAUGUUAACUAUCUUUGGACAAAUGGACUCAUCUUCACAAAUUUAUGACCAUGUUUAUUUGGGAUCUGAAUGGAAUGCUUCAAAUCUAGAAGAACUUAGAGAAAAUGGGAUUGGGUAUAUUUUGAAUAUCUCUAGAGAAAUUGAUAAUUUCUUUUAUGGAACUUUUGAAUAUCUAAACAUAAGACUUUAUGAUGUAGAGGAAUCAGAUUUAUUAUCUCAUUGGGAAAAUACUUACAAGUUUAUUAACAAAGCAAAAGAAAGAGGUGUAAACGUUCUUGUACAUUGUAAGAUGGGCAUGAGUAGAUCAGCAUCAACGGUGAUUGCUUAUGGGAUGAAAGAGUAUGGCUUAAACUUACAUGAUACAAUGAAGUAUGUGAAGUCUAAACGAUCCGUCAUCAACCCAAAUCCUGGUUUUUGGAAACAGCUGAUUACUUAUGAAGGCAUUCUGAAUUCGAGUAAACAGAGGUUCAAUCCUGUAUUCUCAGGACCAGGUCGAAGAAGAACAAGCUCAGAUGAUUUAGAUGUUAGAAAAGGAGGAAAACGUCGCCGUAAUCGUCGGAACCAAAAGUCGAAAACAGUCACAAUUGGUGAGAAGUUAUCGGUAGAGCCCAUACUUGAAGAUGCUCAUUCAAGCACUUUGGAAAGAAGCAAGUUUGUUGUUGGUGAAGAUGCUGAUACCGAAGAUCUAAGUGAAGACUUUGACACAGAGCAAUCUUCUUUUAUGGAAGGAACGUCGUCAACCGAAGAUGUUUUACAAAAAUGGGAAAGAUCCUUAUCAGAAAAUAACGAUGAUCCGAUGUCAUCGAGUAUUAAUCAUGACAUAGAUGAAGUUGGUGACACGGUGGGUGUUUUGGAAAAACCUAAAAGGAAAAUGCAGUCAAAUAAGGUCGCAGUGUUGCACCGUGCGCGUUCUGUUCCGUCACUUCAUGCGAAGAACAGGCAAUCUCCUGAUGAAAGCGUUGAUGUUGAAAAAACUGAGGAACUCCACCGAUGCACUUCGCUGCAUGAAUUUCUAAGUGGCAAAGUACAAAAACUCAAAGAAGAUUUUAAAGUGCAAAGCCUUGAGAGACAGGCGGAUUUCCAUGGCAACCUUGAAAAACGGAGUGCUAGUCACCCAACAUCUCCAGUUGGGGAAGAAAAUAAAGAAAAAUUAAAACUACAGAGCACUUUGAGUGAUCCAACAUGUUUAAUCUCAGAUGACCCGGUUCAUAAAGAAUCAGAAACAGAAGACAAUGGGAGUUCUCCAGACCAAACACACACUACAGUUGUCCAUCGCGACGCUCAGGGUGUUGUAAAAAGCGGCACAGUAAAACGACAGUCAAAGAACUUUGAAGAAGGUAGAGUCAACCUUCCAUGGGAGUGGGAAGAAGCACUAGAUGUGCUAGAGAACAGUGAGCAACAUACAGUUCAAGAAGACACACCUGAUUCUCCAUCAUCGGUAUCGGAGGAGCUGCCUCCUUCCGCCGAAGAUGAACCCCCCAUUGGUGUUGUAAAAAUGCAUGCUCAAAAGUUUCAGGGAACGGUGAAUAAUGACAUCAAAAGCACGGACUCACAACAGGCACCAACAUCGACAAAUACGGAAGACAUUCAAGAAAAGUUUCCCAUGAAAGAAGACACGCAAGGAAGUAAAGAGUUGUUUGGAAAAGCUUUGAAGAACGUUAAUGAAGAUAUGAUGAAAGAAAAAUCAAGACAAAAGAUGGGGGCGAGUGGUAUGAGCAUUGAUAGUGAUAAAACAGAAAAUGAAAUUAUCUCUACAACGAUUGAAAGUCAAGAGUCGGAAAUUGACAAUAACGAGUUUUUGUGUGAUCGUGUUCAAAGCGAGGACCCCCUUCCAGGAACUGUAAGGAAACACACACAGGCAAUCGAGGAUAAAUAUCAACAACUUGCAAAGGCUUCUUCAGUGGAAGGCUUUGAGGACAUACCGAGUAAAAGAACAGAAAGUGAAUAUGAAGCAGAAUCCUCAACAAAAAAAGUACAUCGAAAUACCGAAAUCUGUAAAAGAGAAGCUGUUCUAGACGAACGAAAGGACACUGAGUCAUUUGAUGUCGACGUCUUACUUCAAAGAGUAAAUGAAGAUAUGCAGAGAGAACGAGAAGAACGUCGAGAAGCCGGUGCUUUCAAAGAUUACUGUAGUUUUUCCUUAGAGGAAAGCAUGUUUGAGGACAUUAAACCACAAACUGAGAAUUCAUGUGUACUGCAGGAGCAAGAUGACGAAAGUGAAAUUCCAAGACCAGGAACUGUUAGACGUAAUACAGAACUAUUACUUGGAAAAGGCAUUGUCUCCCAGGAUAAAACAGAGAAGGCUCCGUCAAAGGACUAUUCUGUUAUUGAUGUCGUGGAUGAUGUAAAUCCUACAGGAAAACCUCCUCAUAAAAAGACUUCAAGUCCUGAGAAAGGUAAAGAAGCUGACAAGACAAGUGGUGAAACCGAUGCAGCAGGAAAAGGACUCGUUAAGAGAAAUACACUUGUGUAUGAAGGUGUAUUACCAUUCCUUGUCGGUGAUGAGACAAGGGAUUCAAAAGACGACACUGAAGUCAGUCCAAAUCAAGAAAAAGAGACAGAGUGCGACGUGGAAACCUUACAUCAUAGCGUAGAGGAGGACAUAGGUGGAGAGUCUUACUGUGGAACUGUUAAGAGAAAUACAUUGAUAUUCGAAGGACGUGACUCCGUUGAAGUAGAACCCGCUUCAACUGUUACAGAUUAUGUCCAGUUGGAAGUUGUCGACCGUUCUGAGGAUGAUGAUGAUGAAGCCAAAGUUGAGAAAGACGCACAUGAUGCAGUGGACACCUCUAGUGUUGUUAAUGUGAAGUUACAUCUUAAGCUUUUAGAAGAAGUCAUUCGAAAAGCUAACGAGCGUGAAACCCACAAACAACGAACAACAAAAGCACUUGCAGAUUUAGAAGACAAAAGAAAGCAAAUCGAAAUGGAACAAAAUAAAUUAGACAUUGAAAACUCUAAAGAACAUGAUCUAAAACGUGAUUCUGCCAACGCGGAAUCUGAUUUUACGACUGAUUAUGGUGCCCAGGGCGAAACGUCACCUCCAGAUGAAAAUCUGGAAAAUUCGAGCAAAGAGAAUUCAGAGAGUGAAAGAACUCCCUGUGUUGGAAAUGUUCGAAUACGUACUCUCCAGUUAGAGGAGCGUAUACAAGGACAGCCUCUCCGAAGACAUGGGUCUAUGCCGAGAACAACUCGACCUAUUGAUCGUCCAGUAAUUCGGCAACGAUCAAUGUCCGACCUUCAAGUCGGAAGCAAGCCGUCGACCUCUCGUGAGCCGAUAUCAUCGAGUAGUCCAUUAGAACGCGACGGGCAAACAAAGAAGAAUAAAGAUACUAAAGAAGUGAAAGUCCCACGUCAAGGAGAACUUCCUGAUAACGAUAGAGACUCUGAGAAAUUAAGUGAUAAUAUGUCCGAAAAGUCAGACAAAACUGAUGAUGAUUUAAAGUCAGAGGACAUUUUUGACCUGCAAAGUACAAAGAUUGAACUAUCUAAUUCAAAACAAAGUUGUCAAAUACAGGAUCAAGACAACAGAGACAUACAUACAAUUUGAACUGAAUUAGUAACUUGUUAGACUACCUAAAAAUCAAUAAAUGAAAAAGAGAUUAUUUUUAAUAAAAAAUGGUUUUAAGAUUGUAUGUAGUGAAUGUUGAGUAAAUUUCUUGAAAAUAAUUAUAACAUUUCUACUUUUUAUAGAAUUGUUCAUUCAAAUGAAUUUCGUACAAAAAUAGUAAUAAUUGAUGUGUUUUGAGAUGUUCUUGAAAAGAAUGUGAAAACAAAGACUACUAUGAAAUAAUAAAUAUGUUAACAUUUUUACAAUAAAGUUAAUGUUCUUUUGC